UCCAUUAUAUAUCCAUUAUCAUCAUUAAAAUAAGAAAAAUGGCUACAAAACUAAUGAGUUUAAGUUCAAUUGCCUGUCUUCUCCUUGUUGGGGCUUUCCUCCAUGUUGCCUCCGCUGUCGACUAUGAUGUUGGUGGUGAUUUCGGCUGGAGCCUACCACCGAACCCCACCUUCUUCUCUGAUUGGGCUCGUAAUAAAACUUUCUUUGUGGGUGAUAAACUAGUGUUCCGAUCAAAAGCGUCAGAGACCCAUGAUGUGGCAGAGCCUGAUGGGCAAGUAGAUUUGGAUGGAUGUGUGGAGCCAGGAAUUAGUUUAAGUACAUCUGCUGUGUUAUCUAUUUCACUUGAUUCUCCACGUCGCCGUUACUUUAUUUGUACUAUUGGGAAUCAUUGUAAUGCGGGUAUGAAAUUUGCUGUCGACGUUUUUAUAAACCCCAACUCUGCCAUGCCGCCACCGCCCAGCUCUGCCUCUUCCUUAAGAUUUGGUGCAGUUUUGGCUGCAGCCAUGGCUGGAUUGUUCUUUCUUUUAACCAUAUGAUUGGUUAGCUUUAUUGUUGUUUCAUUAUUUUUUCUCCUUUUUAGAUCAUCUUGUGUGUGUUUCUAUCUUGUUCUAUUAUUUUUGUAGCUGUCUAAUUGUUUGAAUAAAUACUAUUGUAAUAUACUCCAUCAUAUAUGGUUAUCCAUUCUUUCUCUCUUUAUAAACAUAAUAAAAAAGAUUAAUAGAAAUGUA